AUAAUCAUCUAAGCAAUGGCUCAUCAUUCCUAUGGAGAGACCCAGACCUCGCUCCCCGACCUCUUGCUGGAUUAUCUGAAGGAGCUCAGCGAAGAAGAGCUGAAGGAGUUUAAAUGGAAACUAAGUCACACAAAGUAUAAAGAGUUAAAGCCCCUUCCUAGGGGUCAGGUGAAGGACUUGGAUAGAACAGACCUCGCCGACAAGAUGAUAAGUUCCUACAGUGAAGUUGAUGCUCUCAAUGUCAUGUUUGAAAUCCUGAAGAAUAUGAACCUGAAUGACCUUGCUCAGAGACUGAAUGAAGACCUGCAGAAGCGUAAUCAGGAAAGACAAAGAGAGGAUGGCCCAGAAAUACAUGGUGCUGAGAUCUUGAAACAGACACCAAAAGAACGAGGUACACCUGGAGCCAGCUGGAGUGGAGAACCCAGGACGGAGAUGGCUGGAGAUCCCUCGCUGGUGGCCUGUGCCCCCAGUGGGGUAGUAGGAGAAGAGAGAGAGAAGCAAUCAGAAUCUUUUAUUUGCCAAGUAAGGAGGAGAAUGAGUAAUUUCUUUAUGAUGUUUCGUUCUGGUUCCCAAGCAGGAAGUGAGCUGGAUGACACACCGGAGCAGAGGGAAUUUAUGCAGUGUCAGGACGGAAUAAAAAGUAACAUGAAGAAGAAAUUUGAGUGUGUAUUUGAAGGGAAAGCUAAGGAAGGACAGCCAACACUUCUCAAGGAGAUUUACACAGAACUCUACAUAACUGAAGGUGGAACUGGAGGAGUCAAUGAUGAACAUGAAGUGAGACAGAUUGAAACAGCAGCCAAAAAAAGGCGAACAGAAGAUAAUACAGUCAAGUGCAAUGAUAUAUUUAAACCCUUAUAUGGGCAUGAGACACCUAUCAGAACUGUACUCACUAAAGGGGUGGCAGGUAUCGGGAAAACAGUCUCUGUGCAGAAAUUUUUUCUCGACUGGGCAGAAAGAAAAGCAAAUCAGGAUAUUUACUUCAUAUUUGCUCUUCCUUUCCGGGAUCUGAAUUUGAUUAAGGAUGAAUACAGUCUGAUUGAACUGCUUCACCGCUUUGUCCCAGAACUGCAAUCAUUUCAAUCCACUGAGCUGUUUAGGUACAAAGUCUUGUUCAUCUUUGACGGUCUGGACGAGUGUCGCCUUCCUCUCGAUUUUCAGAACAAUGAGAGCUGGUUUGAUGUAACAAAGAAAAUGUCACUAGAUGUGCUGUUGACUAACCUCAUUAAGGGGAAUCUGCUUCCAUCCGCUCUCCUCUGGAUAACCUCCCGGCCAGCAGCAGCCAAUCAGAUACCUCCUAAGUGUGUCCACCGGGUGACAGAGAUACGAGGGUUCAAUGAUGCCCAGAAGGAGGAGUAUUUCAGAAGGAGAUUUAGUAAUAAGAGCCUUGCCAGCAAGAUUAUCACACAUGUGAAAUCAUCAAGGAGCCUCUUCAUCAUGUGCCACAUACCUGUGUUCUGCUGGAUUUCAGCCACUGUUCUUGAGAGUCUUUUUAGUGAGACUGACAGUGGAGAAAUUCCAAGGACUCUGACUGAAAUGUACACACACUUCCUGAUCUUUCAGACAGGAUUUAAAAAUGACAAGUAUAUGAAAAACUAUGAAAUCAAGCUUAAUAAACACAGCAAAGAAUUCCUUUUAAAACUUGGGAAACUGGCUUUUGACAACCUUGAGAGAGGCUAUCUCAUAUUUUAUGAGCAAGAUCUGAUAGAGAAUAAUAUUGAUGUCGCUGAAGCUUCAGUUUACUCUGGAGUGUGCACAGAAGUCUUUAAGGAGGAAUAUGGGUUGUACCAGGAGAAGGUGUACUGCUUUGUGCAUCUGAGCAUCCAGGAGUAUCUUGCUGCUUUAUAUGUGUUUCUGUCAAACUCAUCAGCUGAUCUGCUGACGACUGCAGUGGAUCAGGCAUUGGAGAGCAAGAAUGGACACUUGGACCUCUACCUCCGCUUCCUCCUUGGCCUCUCAACAGACUCCAGUAAGACUCUGUUAAAAAGGCUACUGGGACAGACAAGAACCAGCUCACAUAACAUUGAGGAAACAGCUCAAUACAUCAAGGAGAAAAUACAGGAUUAUUUAUCCCCAGAAAGGACCAUCAACCUAUUCCACUGUUUGAAUGAAAUGGGUGACAAUUCUCUAGUAGAGGAAGUCCAGAGACACCUGAAUUCAGGACGUCUUUCAGCAGAAGAUCUCUCACCUGCUCAGUACUCAGCUCUGGCCUUUGUGAUGCUGAUGUCAAAUGAGGAGCUGGAUGUUUUUGAUCUGAAGAAAUUCAUCAGAUCAGAUAAAGAGCAUUGGAGGCUGCUGCCUGUGGUGAAGACAUCCAAGACAGCUCUGCUGAACAGCUGUGAACUCACAGAGAAAUGCUGUGAGGCGCUGGUUUCAGCUCUCAGAUCAAACUCCUCACCCCUGAGAGAGCUGGACCUGAGUGACAAUGACCUGCAGGAUUCCGGAGUGAAGCUGCUCUCUGCUGGACUGUGGGAUUCACAAUGUAAACUGAGAAUACUGAGGCUGUCAGGCUGUAGAGUCACAGAAGAAGGCUGUUCUUCCCUGGCUUCAGCUCUGAGGUCAAACCCCUCACACCUGAGAGAGCUGGAUCUGAGCUACAAUCACCCAGGAGACUUAGGAUUGAAGCUGCUCUCUGCCGCACUGGAGAAUCCCAGCUGUAAGAUGGAGAAGUUGAAGGUGAACUGGUGUGAACUCACAGAGAAAUGCUGUGAGGUGCUGGCUACAGCUCUCAGAUCAAACUCCUCACCUCUAAGAGAGCUGGACCUGAGUGACAAUGACCUGCAGGAUUCAGGAGUGAAGCUGCUCUCUGCUGGGCUGGGGGAUUCACAGUGUAAACUGGAGGUACUGAGGCUGUCAGGCUGUAGAGUCACAGAAGAAGGCUGUUCUUCCCUGGCUUCAGCUCUGAGGUCAAAUCCCUCAUACCUGAGAGAGCUGGAUCUCAGCUACAAUCACCCAGGAGACACAGUAGUGAGGCUGCUGUCUGCUGUGUUGGAGAAUCCUAGCUUUAAGUUGGAGAAGCUGAAUUUGGACCACGGUGGAGAGUGCAGGACCAGACCAGGCUUACAGAAAUACUCCUGCCAACUGACACUGGACCCCAACACAGCAAACAGAGACCUGUCUCUGUCAGAAGGGAACAGGAAGGUGACAUGGGAGGAAGAAGAGCAACCAUAUCCUGAUCAUCCAGAGAGAUUUGACUGCCGCCUCCAAGUUCUGUGCAGAGAGAGUCUGACUGGCCGCUGUUACUGGGAGGCUGAGUGGGAUGGAGGUGGAGCCGGGAUAGGAGUGACUUAUAAAGGAAUCAAGAGGAAAGGAAACAGUGCUGACUGUCGGCUUGGAGACAAUGACAAGUCAUGGAGUCUGAGCUGCAGUAACAGUUACUCUGUCUGGCACAAUAAGAAGCAGACUGUCUUACCCAUAGAGGCCUCAGGUUCCCGCACAGUAGGAGUGUAUCUGGACUGGGGGGCUGGUGCUCUGUCCUUCUACAGAGUCUCCUCUGAUGGACUGACCUCCCUGUACAGAUUCACCUCCUCAUUCACUGAGCCCCUCUGUCCAGGGUUUUGGGUUUAUUAUAAAAACUCCCCUGUGUCACUGUGCAUGCUAGGAUAGCUCAUUGUGUGCUCGAGGAAUCAUUUUCACUGUAUCACAGUGUGACGUUUGCUGGUUCUCCCUGGCAAAAUCCUAUUUACUCUGUCUGAAGUGUGAUGUAUGUUAGACAAAAAUAAAUGCCUCAGUUCAGCAGGCUGAAUGAACAUGCAAAGUAACUGUUUUUCUCUCUGCAUAAAUGUAAC